AUGACAAUUGUCUUUCUUUUCUUUAUUUUUCCUUUUUCCUCUCUAUUUUAUUUUUUCCCUGUUUUCUUUCCAUCUUUCGACGCGUUUCAGUCAUUUUUCUUUUCUUUUAGUUUUCUGUUUUACAAUUUUCUUUCUUUUCUUUCUUCAUUUGUGAAGUUUUUUCUUUCUUUUGUCUUUAUUCUCUUAAUGUUUUUCACUUUCUUUAUCAUUCUCAAUCAUUUAUUUUCUUUCUUUUUUUUCUUUUACUUUUUCCUUUUCUAUCUAUUGUUUGUUUUGUCGUAUUGGUGUCAAAGAUUUUUAAAAAUUCUCUCUUUUCUUUCUCUUUUUUCUUUCUCUUUUUUUCUUUCUCUUUUUUUCUUUCUUUCUUUAUUAUUUUCUUUAUUUCUUUAUGAUUUUCUUUAUUUAUUUUCUUGUUUUUUUAUUACUUUUGUUUAUUUAUUUUUUCGUUUCUUUCUUUCUUAUUUUCUUUCUUUUCUUUUCGUUCUUUUCUUUUCUUUCUUUUCUUUUCGUUCUUUUCUUUUCUUUCUUUUCUUUUCUUUUCUUUCUUUCUUUCUUUCUUUCUUAUGUUCUUUCUUUAUUAUUUCUUUCUUAUUUUCUUUCUUUUCUUUCUUUCUUUUUUUCUUUCUUUCUUUCUUUCUUUCUUAUGUUCUUUCUUUAUUAUUUCUUUCUUAUUUUCUUUCUUUUCUUUCUUUUCUUUUCUUUUCUUUCUUUCUUUCUUAUGUUCUUUCUUUACUAUUUCUUUCUUAUUUUCUUUCUUUUCUUUCUUUCUUUUUUCUUUCUUUUCUUUCUUAUAUUCCUUUUUUUCUUUUUUCUUUUAUUUCCUUUCUUAGUUUCUGCCUUUAUUAUUUUCUCUCUUUUCUUUCUUUUUUCGAUGAACGAUCCACAUACACACACACACACACACAUACAGAAUAA